CGUUGUUUUGUUGAUCAGUCCAAAUAAUUGUUGCCAUAAAUUCACUAUCAUUAUUUUCCUUCUUUCUUUGGGACUGGUCUGAACCAUGCUCAUCAGGCUUGAUGUGUCGUCCGGCGGACCUCCAUGCUCAUUUGCGAUAGCCUGAUGAGUAUUCAAAGAGUGCCUGUUUGGUGUCACUGGACAUCAAGGCAAUUACGGCGAGGACAUUAAAGAGCUCUACUACUACCAUGACUCAACUCCUUCCCACUCGUACAUGAGAUUCCUUUACAAAUACCCUCAACGCCGCUACCUGUAUAAGGAACUGGUCACCAAGAACCAAAAUCGUAGUCGUGACAUUGCCGAGUAUGAGAUUCUUGACUCAGACGCAUUUGAUGAAGAUAGGUACUGGGAUGUCUUCAUGGAGCCUCUGAUGCCUUCCUUGACUGCUCAUAAUCGCAGUGGCAUCGAUUACAUCACUGCCAAACAUCCAGACCAACCUAAAACCCACCUCUAUUGUUCUCCUUCUCUCCCACCGGUUGGUCCAGAUGGCAAUUUUGAUGUUGAUCCCGAGACAGAAGCCGUUGAACCAGAAUUGCUAUUUACCGAGAACAACACCAACUUUAGUCGCCUGUACGGAGGUCAGAAUGAAACACCUUACCUCAAAGACGCUUUCGACGACCAUGUUAUUCCUUCUCAUCGCCCUCCACCACCUGAGGGCAAUGAAGACUUCUUCUCAUAUAAGAUUCGCUCUCGAGCUCGGAGUGGUACCAUGAAGCCCGACGGUCAACUUCCCGCCUACAAGUGGAACUUUGGCGAUGUGAACCCACCUGUACACGCCUGGGCCACUUUCCGAGUCUUCAAAAUCGAACGAAAACUUUAUGAUCGCGAAGAUCUUGAAUUCUUGGAAAGAGUAUUUCAAAAGCUGUUAUUGAAUUUCACCUGGUGGGAAACUUGCGUCAAGCCAGAUGGUACCGCUUGGAUGGCUUUCUAUUGUUUAAACAUGCUUAAUAUUGCCCUUGAACUCGCUAAACACAACCACGUGUAUGAAGCUUCCAAGUUUUUUGAGCACUUCCUUUUCAUUUCUGAUGCUGUGACAUACAAAGCUGGUGAUAACGAAUCAAGUCUGUGGAACGAAGAAGACGGAAUGUACUACGAUGCGAUUUCAUUUGGUCCCGGCAACACCAUGCAGUUGCCUGUUCGCAGUCUCGUCGGCUUAAUUCCUCUAUAUGCGACAAUGGUCUUGGAGCCUUCAGUUCUGAAAUGCUUGCCCGGAUUCAAGAAACGUAUGGAAUGGUUCAUUGACAAUCGACCGGGGGUUUUGGACAGGAACAUCGCCAAUAUGAAAGUUGGAGGAAGGGAUCAGCGUCGAUUGUUGGUGCUGGCUAGCAAAGAACGUCUAGUCAGUCUUGCAGAAGAUGCUUGA